AUGCAAGCAACUGCAAGGCUGUUAGAAGAUGCUUCACAUAAAUUUCAACUUACUGGAGAAGAACGUUGGUUUAUUGAAUUUUGUGAGCUUGUUUCAGAUAUUAAAGGUCUAAAUCCCCAAGUUAUUAGCGAUACGGCCCAUAAGCUUCUUAGCCAGCCUCCAAAUUCUAACAUAAUUUUUUUUAAUAUUGAAACUAUCAUUUUCAGAUAUUUUGAUAUAAUUCCUAUGUCCCAAUUUAUUUAUUGACGGUAA